CAUUUGAUGAAGCAUGGAGAAGCCAAAAGCUUGUUGAUCUUUUCUUUAUGUUCUGUAGUGCUGUCUUGGAUUGGUAUUUAACUUUCUAGUUGUUGAAUUUCUAAUGGCAUGUUAGCGAACCUGCACAUAUAUUUGGGAAAGAAAUAAAUGCAUGCAAAGGUAAGAUGUAAUUAAUAAAACCACAGGGUGGGGUUUUUGCACGUUUCUGUCUGUAUGUUUUGAGCCAGAUUAUUUACUAAUCCAUUCUUUUUGCAGGAUCCUAUCCAUGAAUGGAUCAGCAGCAACUCCAUUUUUAAAAUUUUAAUUUUUUUAAAUAUAUUUUCCUUUGGGAAGCUAGGGCAUCGUGUUUGUGACAUUAUACAUGAUUGUUUGUUUACUGGCCAGUUCCAAUGACUGCUUGAUACUUUGAAUUGCUGAUCUAGGUUAAUAAUGUGUAUUUCAUUGUGUACUGGCUUUUGAGUUUGGCAUCUGGUUUAUUGGGGUUUGAAUUCUCAUUGCUGGUUCAAUUAAGGAGGAGCUCUGUGCUUGGAGGGGCAUCUCAGGGGAUAAGAGAACAAUUUAUCCCUCUGGCUGCCUUUUGGGUCAUUGAAAAAGGAUUGGAAGGGCUUUUGAGGGCAUUAAAUUUCAUUUUGUUAGAUUUAUAGGGAUUCUUGGUUAUAGACCUUAAGCUUUUAGAUUAGGAUGACUUGCCUUAUUCUAGCGAAGAUCUAGAGGACCGAAUAGACAUUUUCUUAAAUUUGUAAAUAUCUUGUUUUUGGAGUGAACUCUCUUGGUGCUUGUGAAUGUAAUUCAUCUUUUUUUCUCCAAAAAAAAAAAAGAAUUUGUAUUUCAUGCAUAAAUUGGUGUAUUUCAUGUAUAAAUUGGCUUGAGUGAAUAUGGGUCUUUGCACCCUUGCUUCAUGUUGCUUGUUGAUUUAAUCAUUAUUCUGACCACUGGUUAUACACAGUCAAUUUCAUUGACUAACGAAAAACCUCAUGAGGCCUAAAUAAUUAAAAUAGUAGGUGGUUAUUAGCAACAGAUACUCAAGAAGUAUUCUUCUAAAUGUUUGGAUAUCUGGAUAUGGAAUUCAUGGCAUGAUUAUGUCUUUCCUGAAUAUUAACUUGAUCUUAAUUAUACACCACGAAUAAAUUGCAAAUUCUACUUUCUAUAUGCUAUGCAAAGGUUAAGUUGAGGUUCUGAUGUUGCUAGUUAAAAGUUGACUAUGAAGAUCGGGUGGCAAGGUUUAGGAUCUUUUUGUCUCUCUUAAUAACAUGGUCAUAAAUUGUUGUGGGGGAUUUUCUUAAGUAAAUCAAAUUAAAUGCUACAUGUUUUACACUGAUAUGCAAAUCUUGGUGAAAUUUCACAAAUUGCAAGGUUGCACAAAGAGAUAUAUGCUCAGCAUGUAGUUCUAAAUUGCCCUUCCAAUCAUCUUUGGGCUUAGUGGCAGGAUAGGUUGUUGACAUGGUUCAGCUCAUGGAAGAGUUUGAAUAAUGGAGAUUUUACCUUUUUUUUUUCAGUUAUGAACCUAUAAUAUGAAAUUUCCUUUUUGAUGGUUGAUUUUUAUGUUUUUUAACUUUAGUGUUUCUUUGGUUUUUAUUUUAGGAUCAAAUUAAGUUCUAAUUAAUUAAUAUACAUCAUAAGACAUAAAAAUUUACCUUUAUGUGUUGUGUUAUUUUCCUGAACCUAUAAACUGGGAAAUUGAUCAGUGCCUACUUGUUUGGUGUCUGAUGUCACUCAUUAAUUGGAUCAUUGGACUUGAAAGUUUUUAAUAAAAUUUUUAUUAGCUCCCUGAUGUUAUGAUUAUGAUAAUUUGAUAUUUGAGCCUCUGUUAAGUUGCUUUUGGUACAUGGCAUGUAAUCUUUGGUUAAUGAGGAUAGAUUUGGUUUUAAAGAAUAAUAUCAUGUUGGGAAAUCAUGAACUUCUAUUAAAGUUUUGGUCAUUUUGACGAGUUGUUUAAAUAUCAUAGUUGAACUUUUUAGCAUUUUAUAUUAGGUGGAUUUCUGUAAAUAGCCCUUCAUUUUGGAAACCUCUUAUUAUGUGAUUUUCUUUUUAUAGUUUAUUUUAUGGUCAUGAUUCUGCUAAAUAUUAUAUUAGCAUUAAGUUCUUUUUCUUUAUUAAUUGGAUUUCUUCCCUUAUAUGAGCUUCAAGGAUUUUGUUUCUGUAGCUUUUUAUGGCUGUUGAAGAUGACAAUAAUUUGUUUUACAGUCUUCUACCGAGGGAGAAAGAUAGUGAGUGAAAGAGAGUGUAAGACAACAACACAAUCCCAGUAUGGGCAAGAGAGGAGGCUCCAAUACAGUACCAAAUACGCAGUCAGGGUCCCAAAAUCUAAUCUCGCUAAGAGAAGAAGUUACUGGUAAAAAGCAAAUGAAAGGAAAGGCAAGGGCUGGACGACCAACUAACGUAAAGGCUAUCCUGAGACAUGAGCACUUACAGAACCAUGCAGUGUGGACAAGUCAGGACACGUCAAUGCCCUCUUUGGCAGCAUUUUUCGGACACUGUUUGGCUGCUGAUGGAGAAGCUGCAGGGAUUGUUCCAGACCUUUCUUUGUUCUCUUGCCAGAAAUGUGAGACAAUCCUUCAUCCUGGCUUUAAUUGCACUAUUCGAAUCGAAAAGAAUUCAGUCAAGGUGCAGCACAGAAGUAAGAAAUUGAAUAAUUCAUUGACGCAGAAUAAUGUGGUUUACAAGUGCCACUUUUGUUCUCACAAAAAUCUGAAGAGAGGCACUCAAAAAGGUCACAUGAAAGAGAUUUAUCCAGUCAAGCCAACUAACAUUUCAAAACUUUAACCUUCUAAACCUGCCACGUCGAUACUCCAAAACUUUGUGAUCAACUCCAAGGAAGGUGCUGUCAAAAGCCAAGAUGAAAUCCAGAAGGUGGAUGGAAUCACAAACAGCCCAUUAACACCAAUGGUGAGACCUGCCACUACUUUGCUAGAUAGAAACAAGAGGAAGAGAAACAAAUCCCGGACUCCGAAACCAUCUGAGGUUGAAAACAAGUCUGCCAUCUCUGAUUUGGAUAAAACUCUCAGUGCUUCAAGUAAAAGAAGGAGAAAGUCAUGGACAAGCCUCAAGGAAAUUGUCAAAAGUAAUGAGCGUGAUACCAGUCAGAGAGUUCCUGACCUGAAAAUUCCUUUUCAUUUGUAACAAAGCUUCAAGAAGUUUUCUGUUCGAAUUUGAGUAGUUCAUAAAAUUGAAGAAGCUGAGGGUUCGUGGCAUCAGUCAGGAAAAUUCUACAUAUCCAAGGGUGGGAUUUUGGCAAUCAAGGUGUCUUUGGGUAAAGUCAAUAGUUUUGUGGUAGUUAUCCAUUCGAGUGAGGGUGGAAGAUGGCAUUGUAGAUAGUAUAAAAGUACGGAUGCUAUAUGUAGUUUGGGAAUAGCAUGAUUUUGUUUUUCUUUUAGUGAUAUUACAAUGAUUGUAACAUGUUCUUUCAGAUUUUGCAAUCUUCUUGACUCAUUGGGGCA